CAACCACCCAUCCCCCAGCGCUCGUCCCUCUUUUGUCCUCCUCAUUUCCUAUCGAUUGCGCAUUGACUCUGUACGGAGCACGGGUGUAUCGAUUUCAUCUCAGGAAGUCGUAUUGCGCUCACCAUAGAAAGUCAUCGACAAACAAGCCUCGGCUUGACGAAGUAAACAAACGACCAGCGGUCAUACCCACAAUCAACAUUCCACGACUUCAGAACUUCGAGCAGUCUGCCUCCAUGACUAUAUAAGUCGGCACCUUGUGCGAUAGUAAACGCGAUAUGUCCUAUCAAUAUACUGUCACCGAACGCAGGCGCAGAACAGCGAAUACCGGUGGCUACGGCCACUCCGGGCAUAGGUCCGCAUUUGGCUACUGGGUUCCCUUGGUCGUCACUGUCACAGCUGCGGCCAUCGGAGUUGCCGCCUGGGUGUGGAGUGAACGGCGCGAUGAUGAAGAAGAGGCGAGCGAGGAGGAACACUACCAAGGAGGAGUACCACCUCCAGGAUAUGCAAGCAUGAGCGGUGCUCUACCUGCCGGCCCACCGCCUCCCGGUGGCUAUCAAGGGCCUCCAGGCGCUGGGCCAGAAGGCUUUCAGGGUCCGAUGAUGCCUGGUCCGAAUCAACCCGGCGGCUUCCAAGGCUAUCCACCUCCUCCUGGAUUUCCAGGACAAGGCCCUGAUGGUUACCGUGAAGCUGGCGGAGAAUAUUACGCUUCAAGAUCAACGGCGGAAGAGCAGCAGGUAGAGACUGGAUUCGUCGCCAGGAUGUCAAGUGCACUUGGAUUUGGUCGGUCAACAACCCCAUCGCAGCCGUUAAUACGAGGGGACUCCGUUCAACAGCCUUACGACUGGGCCAACAAACCAUUCGCUUCCGGAGUCGCAGCUGCUGGCGCCAUGGUGGGUGCUGCCAUCAGUUCUAUCAGAGGCGAUGGUGGCGACGGCUACGAAGACCAUGAGCGGUGGAGUGAAGAAGUCGAACAACGUGAAACCGACAGGGACGUCAAACAAGGAAUCAAACGUAGGGGCACAGCCGACGAGUUCUUCUCUGGCGAUGUCGAAGUUCCAAGAGAGUCGUCCAUUGCUCGUCAGAAGAGGAAAACUGUUGCCGUCGUUGUUUCUGCGGCCGGUCUAGGAUCUGAUGGUGAUGUGGAUCACGCUUCCAUUUUGUCACAUCUUCCUGAAUAUGUUGACCCCGACACAACCCGGAUUUUUGUACUGAUCUACGCUCCUGAAUUGAAGACGCAUCCACUUAGCCACAGAAGACCAUCACAGUCAAUGACGUCGUCCUUCUCGAACAUUAGCCAGGCCGAAGCACACACACCAGCUCAAACACCUGGCGACUUCCCAUCAGGAACGCCAGAUGAUGGUAUACUAGCACAGGUUGAUCCCAAGCCAGUUGAAGAUGGAUUCUCCGCAUAUAAGGCUCUUCGCGAUCAAGCUCUCACGAUAGUGGACAGGGAGACCAUGAUUCUCCCAUUCACUUCAUCAAAAGGACACAAACACAUCUUACGAAGCCUAGCACCAGAACUUGUAUACAUUCAAGAAUCUCUCUGCGGAGCUGAUGGCGAACUUGUUUCCGAGCUUUCUGGUUGGGUGCGCCAAACUGUUGUUGUUAUUGGUGACGAGGGAGGGCACGGCGGCUUAGUGGACACGGACGAUGAGUCGGUUACCCAUAAGCAUGAGAUAUGGUGGCAAAAAGAGGAAAGGACUGGACUGGGGAAACGUGUGGGCGUUGUCGAGAGUCUGAAGAUAGGCGAGGAUUGGCAAAGGCGAAUUAAUGAUCGAGACUGAGCAGAUUGAUGAUUUUGAUGUCAACAAAUGGCAUAAUGGCUCUGGAGGCUCAAAGCUGCCACAUGAAUAGUCUAGUUACUAUUUAGCGUAUUGAAAGAAGUGUUUUAUA